UAGCCGGUCUUCUUCGGCUCCUUGCUGACCGUGCUACCCAUACCCAUCUAAUACGGUAGGGGGCGGUGUGCACUUGGACGCAUCACAGAUCAGCAACUUCAUCAACUUGAAGAAAGAGAAAGGAAGAAUCGUGUGAAAGUGAAAAGCAUGGUGCAUCGGAAACCAUGGCUAAAACCGUGGCAGAGCUGCUGAGGGAGGCCGCUGCUGCUUUGGAACAGCAUCAAGUUCAGCCGCAAACAGCAGUUUCCGACUCAAGUCUUUCUUCAACACCUUCUGCUCCUGAGCGCCGUAACAAUGCUCGAGCAGAGGUUUUGAGGCUGUUCAGUCCUUACCCUGCACGAGGUGUACAACGGAAGUCAACCUCACCAGCCAUCAUGUCCAAAAAGUUAAAAAAGACCACAUAUACUAACGUUUUCUUCUGCCUGGCUAAAAGAAAGGACAGUGACGUCCCAACCCCAGCCGAGAAAAGAGCACUUGAAAGGGCAGGUCUAGGGGAAAGGAAAAUCACAUUCCCAGAUAAAUACUGUGGUGCAUCUGACUUUUCCGAUCACCUAGAGUUGAACUUUCCACAACUAAAGCACUGUGGUGGGUUUCAACUCCUGCGGAGCCGGGGCUCUACAAGGUCCAAGGUCUUGGAAAUCAUUCCUUGCCCAAAGGAUGGGUAUACUCCAGAGGGCCUGUGCAACAAAGAACUUGGAGUGGGGCCAGCAGUGAUUUACAUAAGGCCACUCCAAAAAGAUAUUGACCUGCAGGAUCCUCCCAGUGUGACCCUCACUCCUCAAACAACUGGACCAAUGGUGGAAUGUGUCUACUGUGCAGAGAUAUUUAGCUUCUCUGAGAUUCAAGGCCACAUUGACUGUUGUGAGAAAAAAAAUUAUUCAGAUUCAACUGCUGAAGAAACCUUUGAGAAUCCCCCGUCAGGAAGCUCAGAAGAGACCCGGGCAGGAACCUCAGCUGCUGCUAGCUCAUCAAGCAACCAACAUCCACUUGAAGAAAAUCAAAGUAGUAGCUCUGAAGAGUAGACAACAGAGCCUGAUGUUUACAAGGCAGCCAACAUGUUUCGACGUCACUUGCUCAACAAUGCUGAACUCAUGCCAGAGUUGGUUGCAAGGCUUGAUCUCAGAUCCACUGAGGAAGAUCGUGAAAGGGAGAUUCUAACUUUCUACAAAAAAACAGGAAUUGACUGGGCAAGCCCAUUUUCUGUUAUACUGACUGGUGAUGCAGCUGUUGGAGAUGGGGUAAAACGGCAUUUCCUGUCUAUGGUAAUGGAAAAAAUCCAGUUUGGUUUCGACCUUGACCUCGAGAGCACUGGCAGAACUCUUCUGUUCAAUGGGACAGGCGAUCACAAGGUCCCAUCCACUUCCAGACCCCUGAUAGAUGGAGACCUUUUCCGAGUAGCUGGACGUGCCAUAGGACAUUCUUUUAUUCAUGGAGGCCCUCGAUUCACUGGACUGAGUCCAGCAAUGUUGCAGCUAAUUGUUCGAAGUAACGAGGAGUCUGCUGCACUUGAGCUUUCUGACUGCCCUGAUACAGAUGUUGUUGAUGUGGUGUCUAUAGUCAUUGAACGGAGAAGAACACAAAUGAAGCAGCUCCGUAGGGGGCUGAAAGACAGCAGUGUUGUCACCAUGAUUAAAGAGCGUCCGGCCCUAGCCGAGGUCCUUUUCCCAAGAUCAGCAGAACAAGUGAUGGACUCACAGACCAUCUUGAAAAGGAUCAUCUGGCCAAUGCCAGAUAGUGAGGAUGAGGAUGACCACAGCAACGUGGAGGAGACAUGCCUGGUCACAGGCUUUUUGAGAGACUACAUUGAAAAAGGGUCUUCUCAGGAACUACAACUCCUCCUGAAGUUCUGGACAGGUUGGAGUAUACCUCCCCUGCAACUUUAUGCUGAAGUAUCUCCGGAAAUUACUCUGCCAGUCGCCUCAACCUGCCUCACAACGCUGAAACUCCCACUGAAGUGCCAAAAUGACCAGGCAUUCAAAGAAAACCUGGAAGCAUCUGUGAGAUCUACAGAGUUCGGGUUUGGGAUGAUCUGAUUAGAGUGAUCUGAGAAACUGUGUCUUUAAAGCAGAGGUAGGCAAUAAGAGAAACCGCACUCCCACAUUUCCACGCCUGGUUUGUAGUUGUGUUUGUAAAUUUUAGUGAUGCUUGUCUUUAUUUUUCAGCAGUCUGUAAAAAGAUAGUUCUGCUCUCAUGUUGAAUAUAUUUGUAUAGUCAAUCGCACAACAGCUCUUUACAGUUUUACAUGGUGGUUUUUGUGUACUGUAUGGCACAUGUGCCCAUGAUGGCACACAAGGUCAUUAACAUGGGCACGCAGAGUAAUUCAAUAAAAAUUUUUUAAUAUACUUUUUGGGAUGGCAAAACAUUUUUAAUAAUAAAAUAUAACCUAAUGGUGAAUUAAAUGAACAAUUUGAUUCAAAAUAAUCUGAGAUAAUAAAUUAGGCUCAAAAUACACCAUUGUUUUUGACAGCAAGAGACACAAAAGACCAGUCUAUUCCCAGUCUUUGCAUUGACUUUGUGUGUAAUAUAUAGUCAUUCAAACUUUUGCGAAAUUUCAGGACUUCUAUUUUUGCUAAAUUUUAUGCCUUAUUUGCAAAAAAAAUCACCACUUUCUUCUCAGAUUUUUAUGAUUUUUUUUUUUUUUGUUGAGAAAUUUGGGCUUUUUGUGAAAUUUUAAAACCUGACACAAGACAUCCAAAAGGUUGCUGACCCCUGCUUUAAAGUUUCAAUGGUGUUAUUUGUUUGAAAUUCAUUUCAGACCCCCCAGUUGUGAAAGUUGGUGUUUAUCUCUUUUUCAUACUCUUGAAGUAAAUUGCUUUCAGUUAUGGAGCACUUAGACAUGUUAAGGCAUCACCUCAAAGGGACAUUUCCCUUUUUUUGAAGUGGGGUUGUAUGAGCUGUAGAUUUCACUCUCUCAGAACCAGCAUGUAACACAAGUCGUGUGCUUAAAGUCUUGGGUUGGUUACAAAAAGCAUUUUAUCCACCAAAAAAAAAGCCUAGCAAAAAAACAAACAAAAACGUAUUAUUUUAAAUGUACAUUAUGUGAUAUUUCCACUGCUUAACUUUGCCAUCAGACAGAGCUGUCUUUUGGCACUAUAUUUUCUCUACUACUAAUAGGGAAGUUAAGCUGUUGAGAAUAUAUUGUGCCAAAAGACAGAGCUUUCAGUUCAUGGCCUGCAUUACAUGCUGGUUCUUGUGGCUGCUUCAGGAAACCUGGAGCGCUCAGAAGUACCUCAUGAGGAACUAUCCCCUUAAACCAGUUAAUAAUGUUGACAUUAUAAUAUCAUACAGUUAAGGAGUGUGAUAUUUUAUUGACAAAUGUUUGUUAAGGUUGUGGAAUAAAAACUUGUUGUGCUUCCUGCUUCCAGA